AUGGCUUCGAAAGGACCGUCCGAGAGUUGGACCGAGGAGGUAAUUUGUCCCGUCUGCCUGGAUUUCUUCACGGAUCCGGUGUCACUGGAGUGUGGACACAACUUCUGUCGCCCUCAUGAGGAAGAACUGAAGCUGUUUUGUGAAACGGACAACACACUGAUCUGCCUGAUCUGUAGAGAUGCGCAGGAACACCAAGAGCACCGCUUCAAGCCAAUUAAAGAAGCUAUUAAAAUCUACAAGGAUCAGCUAAAAUCUUCCUUAGACUCUCUCACAAAACAGAAAUCAGACGAUGAACUGCGCCAGAUUAUCACUGAGAAAGAGCAGAGCUUACUCAGGGAUCUCAGGGAAGAAGAGAAGAGGAUUCUCAACGCAAUGGAGAAAAACCUUCUAGCUCUUCAAGAGAAUAUAAGGUCCGGGACAGUUUCAUUUUACAACGCGGAGACCAAGUCCCAACUCCACACCUUCACUGGGAAUAACUUCACGGGGAAACUUUAUCCUCUCUUCAUGACCUGGGAUAUAAACCACUUCAUUAGCGGCCAGUAG